UCGCGUCGUCAUUUAUUUUGAGAUCAAGCAUAUUUCACAAAGAUAUUUGAAAAAUUCGGCAAUUUUCGAAUAAAAGCGUUGUAAGCUGGAAAACGGCGACAGUUUGCCAACGGCUACGUAGCGCGAAAUAUUAAAAAAAAAAUCUGCUGAACAGACUGAUUCUAUAGACAUUAAAGGAAGUCGUGUGCAAAAAAGUGAUAGAAAUUUUUAAAAUAAUCCAAAGACAAAAUAUUAUAAAACUACAAUAAAGUGCUUGUGAAUACAUACAUACAUACAUACGUACAAACAUAAGAGUACAUAUUUUUCUAAAAUUAUGAUUUGUCCAAAGCGCACUGCGGAGUUAAUUACACUCCAUUUGGCGCCCUUCAAGGACACCGAUCCUGCAUGGGAAAUAGGUGUUUCUAAAAUUGCUGGGCGUGGCAUUUUCGCCACGCGCGACCUCAAACGCGGUGAUGUGAUUUUUCGCGAUAGUCCGCUGCUGAUCGGUCCCGCGGCACGCGCCGAGGAUACGCUUAAUUCGUGUUCGGUGUGCUUUAAAAUGUUGCCUGAUACGAAGUUUAUGUGUCGCCAAGGUUGCGGUUUGCCCGUCUGCUCAUUGUGUGGCAAAAAACAACAACACAAAUCCGAUUGUGAACUUUUCAAAUCGUGGAAACCCAGUGAACCGGAUGUGGCAAAUUCUUUGCUCAUUCGUUUGCUGUGUGUCGGGCGUGCCAUCAAGUUGGCGAAGGAGCAACGCGAUCUAGUUUACUGUCUGCAGGCAAAUUUAGAUAAUAAUCAUCGCACUGAAGUGCGUAAUGCCGCCAAAGGAUUCAUGGAGUUCCCCACCGAUAAGAAACUAAUUGAAAUUAUGAAUCGUACUGUGGCAGUGUUGCGUACGAAUGGAUUCGAUGAGACCGCCGAUCGCACCAAUGACAAUCAGGAAUUUCCUCACCGCGCGCUCUACCCAUUAUUCGCUGUCAUGAAUCACGAUUGCAUUCCCAAUUCGUAUUAUACGUUCGAGGAGAAGACCAGAAAUAUGGUGGUGCGUGCCUCAGUAGAUAUACCAGCUGGUAGUGAAAUCACAACAUCCUACACAAAAUUAUUCACCGGAAAUAUUGCACGACAUUUGUUUUUGAAAAUGAAGAAAGGAUUUACGUGCAAGUGUCCGCGCUGCUCUGAUCCAACAGUAAGUGUGGUAAUCGACAGUGAUAAUAAA